AUGGCCCAUUUACAGAAUUCUUCUUCCUCGACAGCUCGCGACCGUCUUUCCUCCAUCUCAUCACACAUCAUGGGUCCCUCCAAUUCCUCAGUUUUCACCAGUUCUCUGGUGGCUGCCGCCCCCGAAGAUCCUCUCUUUGGCUUGAUGAAGGCCUAUCGAGAGGAUCCGUCUGAAAAAAAGGUUGAUUUGGGCAUUGGUGCUUACCGCGAUAACAACGCGAAGCCUUGGGUUUUGCCUGUUGUCAAGAAGGCUGAUGACGCCAUCCACAACGAUCCCAGUCUUAAUCACGAAUACCUCUCCAUUGGCGGUCUCCCCGACCUCACAGCCGCAGCUCAAAAGCUCAUCGUCGGCGCCGACAGCCCCGCCAUCAAAGAAAAACGGAUCUGCACCCUCCAAACCAUCUCGGGGACCGGCGCCGUCCAUCUAGGCGGCCUCUUCCUCUCCAAAUUCCACCCCCAAAAGCCAACCAUCUACCUCUCCAACCCAACAUGGGCAAACCACCACCAAAUCUUCUCAAACGUCGGCCUAAACAUUGCCACCUACCCCUACUUCUCCACUAAGACCAAAGGCCUCGACUUCGAUGGCAUGAUGAACACCAUCCAAUCAGCCCCCAACGGCUCCGUCAUCCUCCUGCACGCCUGCGCCCACAACCCCACAGGCGUAGACCCCACCCAAGACCAAUGGCGCACAAUCGCCUCCGCCAUGCGCGCACGCUCUCACUUCCCCUUCUUCGACACAGCUUACCAAGGGUUCGCAUCCGGCGACCUGGUCAAAGACGCAUGGGCCAUCCGGUACUUCGUCGAGCAAGGCUUCGAGCUCUGUGUCGCUCAAUCCUUUGCCAAGAACUUCGGAUUAUACGGUGAGCGCACGGGGGCGUUCCAUUUCGUCUCGGCGCCGGGUGCGGAUGCUGCUGCUGCUAAUCAGCAUGUUGCGAGUCAAUUGGCUAUUUUGCAGCGGUCGGAGAUUUCAAAUCCCCCUGCUUAUGGAGCGAGAAUUGCAAGUCGCAUUUUGAAUGAUCCUAUACUUUUUGCCCAGUGGGAGGAUGAUUUGAGGACUAUGUCUGGGAGAAUUUUGGAGAUGAGGGCUGGGUUGAGAGAGAGACUUGAAAAGAAGGGAACGCCUGGGUCUUGGGAGCAUAUUACGUCGCAGAUUGGAAUGUUCUCGUAUACAGGGUUGACGGAGGCGCAGGUUCAGACUUUGAGGUCGAAGUGGCACGUAUACAUGACUAAGAAUGGUCGGAUUUCCAUGGCUGGUCUGAACACACAUAAUAUUGACUACUUCGCUGAAGCUGUUGAUAGUGUUGUUCGUGGGGAAUAG